AUGUCUUUUCAUGACGAAGAAGAGUCCCAUAAGCCUCUCCUCAACAUGGACCUGGAAGACAUUUUUAAACAUGAAAACGGUACGUCCAGCACCAUUUUUGUUCCGUCCUCCAAUUCCCGUACUAAGACAAAAGACUCCGUGGAUAUGCUCCUCAAAGAAAUAAACUCGGGAGAAUUAGCGGCUUCGACAAGCUUUACAGAUUCCCUUCUGGCCAUGGCCUCCCCAAUAAAGCCCCUCAAAUUCCCAUCGCAACCCAACGAAAAAUCGGAUUCUAGACGCGAUUACAACUCCAGCUCAGACACGUAUGUUAGCGAUAAUGACAAUGACGUUCAAGUUGGCUCCUGUGACUUAGAAAAAUCGCCGCUGCAAAUUUCUAUCGCUGAAGCUAAACAGGAGACAAAAGAAUCCCUUUCUCCAAGCAAAUCCAUAAUGAAAACUCAUACUUCCACCAGCGGGUCUCCCAAAAAACAAGUUGCGUUCCAAAAUGGCGAAGAUUUGGAAGUCCUUCAUCUUUACACACCUCGAAGCGAUCCAGAAAGCCACAAGACUCUGAGUGAGGAGAAAACGCCCGUUGCCCACGCAUGGCUGGAUAUUGGACAGCUAACCUUCAACGAAGAGGAAUCUAAUAGUCAUUCUCCUCCGGCGCCUCCUCCUCACUCUUCUGACACAAUUACUGGUCUUUUAGAGAGUCAAAAAAAUGGUGGUGAUGAUUCAGAUUCAUAUGCUAAUGAUGUGGAUGUUUCAAAGUUGAGCCAAUAUCGCUUAAACCAUAAAAAUUACAGCAAUCUUUCUUUAAACGAGAAAUUAGGAAUAUUUCUAAAUAAUAGUCACUUCAGAGCAGCCCAGGAUGACAUGGAUGAUCACUUAGAGCGUUUGGAAAAUGCACGGAAAGAGGAAACAAAUGUCAACAUCCACAACUUGUCGUUUCAGUUGGAAACUACACAUCAAAACAUCGAGAAUCCUUUGAAUGCAUUGUCCAAAACAGAAAACUACCAGCUAAGAUCAGCAGGAUCCUCCCAAUCCUCCCUUCAAUCUCUAAUGGACUCCAAUAGAUAUCUUGAAGCGAACAUUAUUGGGAGUCAAUCUCAGGGUAUCGUGUUCAAUGACGGUAUAAAAGGCUUUCUGAACAACGUGGCCGAUCUGAUAAUUCCCUCGACAGAUAAGGUAAAUUUGAGUGAUGACAGCUCUGAUAUGCUUACUUUUGGUAAUCCAGUUCCCUUUCAGCGCAUGGCAGAUGGCGACAAGUUCCACGACUCAUUUGACCAUUCAUACAAUCUGACGGAGAAAUCAAUUCUAAACCUUCUUAACUCUGCCUCUCAAAUAAAUUUGGUUGAAAAACGGGACGUGGCGGACGAAGACAACAUCAAAAACGAAGAGAAGGAAGAUAUAGAGAAUGAGGAAAACCAAGAAGGUGAUAAUGAUCAACAAUUGCCAAUUAAAGAAGAAUCUGGCAUGCACGAAUUUUCGCUAUCGCCACAGUCUUCUGACCACUUUACACAAGUUGUCAAGAUGGAAUCAGAAAAUUACACUUUGAAGCCUGAACCAGAAGACUCUUUUGUGAAGCGUGAAUCAGAGGAUCCACUUGAAGAUGUGCUGGUUAAACAGGAGGAAACUGACACAGAUCUAGGGCCUCUUUCUCAUUCAUCUGGCUCAAAGGCUGAUGCUCAUCUCGUGUCCUCACUGCAACAAGAUCCUGUCGUAAAGCAUGAACCUAAAGGUGAAUUUGACGAGAGAGAUCAAUCUUUUCCUAAAAUUGACUACUCGGGAGAAAACUCUACAAAUAAUCACUUAUCAGAGAUGCAGUUACCGAAAACGGAACUGCAACUGUCCAUUGAAACAUCUGAUAACAUUCACAGUAAAGAAAUUCACGACGUCAAGAUCGAAGGAAAUGAGCAACUGUGGAGCAUGAAGAAAACAAAGGAAAAUAAUGAAGAUUCACAUUCGGUUACUUCCGAGCUUCAUGAUGUGUCUCUACAAAUAGUCGAAUCUAAGGCAGUCGAGGUUGUAUACAGAGAUAACCGUGACUUGAAACUAAUCUCUCCAACUGACUCUGACCGCAGCUCCCCCACUUUAUAUGGAGGCAAUGAAGUCAGUGGCGAUAAUAUUGGUUCUCCUGAUUCAAGCUACGAACAGAGAGUGAAACUUGAGACUGUACAUGCAAACCACAAGUCAGAUGCAAAAGACCUCUCGAGAGAGAGUACAUCGGAUGUAUUUGAAGAUACUUCGGAAGAACUUUUGGGCAAAACAUUGGCUCCUCCGAAGUUUAAUGACACCAUAAAGAGAGACUCUGCUCCAGAGGAAGAAGAGAACAGUAUUUUGGCCAAUUCGUCGAAUAUCCUUCCCCCAAUCGAUAUCAAACAUCCUUCUCAUUACCAUAGAAGUGGUGAUAAUAUUUACGAUUCAUUUGAGGAAUCCCUAUCCGCUGAGCACGAUGCUGAAAACAAAAAGAGUGAUUUCCUCUCAAUUUGGCAUUCCCAACAGCAGAAGAAGAAAUCAUACCUCAAACCGUCUGAGCUGUCUUACAAGGUACUGUCGAUCCAGAGUUAUGGACCACUAAACUCACAGGACAGUAGUAAGAUUAAGAUUCCUUCCUCAUUACAUCCUAGAAAGUUCAAGGAGGUGAACCUUGUAUCGAAAAGAAUCGUCAGCCCUGAUUUCGAAGAUUUGCAUGUUUCUGGAUUUUUGCCUGAAAUUUCAGAAGAUUCAGGAUUAGAGGGCCACUUCAAAGGUCUUCUUGGUGCCCAGGUUAAUGUCUCCACAGCCCCAAGUCAGCUUGGAAGAAGGAAGAGUUGGAGCAGUCAAAACAUUUUGUCCGAUAUUAACGACCCAAAAUUACCCGAACCGGCGGCACCUGUUUACAAAAGACAUUCAAUCCACGCAUCCUUGAAGCCAGCUUCAACAAAUGCUACAUCAGUAUCAGGAAGUGAGUCAAAGAAAAAGUCUAAGUUUUACAUUCCUCCAUUUGAGAUCAAACGUACGAACUCGAUCUUAUCUCCAAGAAACAAAUAUAAUGAUAUAUUUGAUGAUUCUUUUACUAAACCGACUAUUAAAGCAAGCGGAAUGAAAACCUUGCCUAGUAUGGAUCGUGAUGAUGUGAAACGUAUCAUGCACAUGAAACAAGCGAUGAACCAAGAAGAGUAUUCGAAUUUGAAACUUAUGGGAAACAAGAAAAGAUCAAUCGUCCAGGAACCGCAAUCUCCAGCUCAUCACACUCCUCAGGUUGCAUCGAUACAUUGCGAUUCUCUCAUGUCUCAUCUCAGUACGAGACAACCUAUGCAACACGUUGCUAAUGAACUUUUCACGAAGCCUAUGGCGGUUGAGUCGAAAGAUCAGCUUUUCAAUGAGCGCUUGAGCUCAAAGGGAAUUACAACAACCUUAGUUCUGGCCCCUAAAGUUCCGAAGACGGAGCCAAUCAAAAAUGAUCCUUUCCCUGAGCCGGACCCAGAAUUGAUAAGUUUAUCGGGACAAUCUGUAAAAGCUGACCUUUCUCAGGAACCCGACGGCUCUACUCAAUUUGCAAGCAAUAACCCUUUCCUCGUUAAGACGGGCCAGGAUGAAAAAUCAUUGGGAGACAUUCACACACCUCCUCGUUCGCCUUUGCGGCCGAUCAAAAACCAGCCUAUCAAAGUUAACCCAUCCACUCCUCGUAAAGUUGAAGCACCAGGUUCAAAGAAAUCCCCAAUAAAGAUUCAUUCGCCAGUGAAAAUUAUUAGAAAAGGAGAUGCUGUCACAGGAAUUGUUCUUGAAAAAGAGAAUCAGGAACUCAAGACUGAAAGCCUCAUGAACCACAAGCCUCGCGAAAGCAAAGCUCAUCUGUAUGCAUUGAGUACCCUUUCUGUGCCAUCUAAUACCACAAGCCAUGACGUUAUGGAUGAGAGCCACUCAAUCAUGGAGGAGGUAAAAGAUACGAGGAAAGUUUCUAAAAGUGAGUCGCAUGCCACUUCGACGGGCUCCUCUGAGAGAGGAAGGCUUUUCUUCAGAGUUGUUGGCUUUAAAAACAUUGACUUACCAGGUAUCAAGGAUCGGAAUGGUGCAUUCAACAUCAUUUUGGACAAUGGUAUUCAUUGCAUCAAAACCCCAAACUAUAAAUUGGAUUCUUCGAAUGUCAUGAUUGGCAAAGAGUUCGAAUUAACAGUGGGUGAGUCUUUGGAGUUUAUUGUUACAAUGAAGGCAACUUAUGACAAACCCAAGGGCACUUUAGUUGAAGUUUCGGAGAAGAAAGUGGUCAGGCCGAAAAACAAAAUCCGCCGUAUGCUUGGGUCAAAGGAAAUAAUUACAACGACCAAGUUCAUUCCGAAAACAGCAGAAGAUAACUGGAAAAACAAGUUUGCCACUGAUGGCUCAUUUGCUAGAUGUUACGUUGACUUGGAACAAUAUGAGGGUCAAAUUUUGGGUAAAGCAUGUAACUUCAACAUUACAUGCUUCAACGAAUGGGCCACUUCAGUACAAGGUGGUCAAGUGAUCAAAAGACAGCCCUACACAAUCGGGCAGUUGGAAGUGAAAAUGCUUUUUGUGCCUAGAACUGAACCGUACGAAGUUUUGCCAUCUAGUAUCAAAUUCGCUUAUGAAAGAUUGGACGAUUUGAGACAUGAGAGAAAGGUUCAAUUGGAAGGUUACAUGCAUCAGGAAGGUGGUGAUUGUGAGACGUGGAAGAAGAGGUGGUUUGUGCUCAAGGGGACAUCGUUGAUUGCUCAUUCGGAGUUUACCCACAAGACACGGGCUAGUAUUAACCUUGCCAAAGUGACUGAAGUGAUCUACGUGGACAAAGACAACGCCCAAAGGUCAUCCUCGAACUACAGGAACUUCAGUGACAUUUUGUUGAUGGAAAAUGCUUUCAAAAUUCGGUUUGCCAAUGGGGAGAUCAUCGACUUUGGUGCGGCAAACAAAGACGAGAAAUUGCAGUGGAUUAAGGCCAUUCAGGAAAUUGUGUACCGCAACAAAUUUCGACAGCAACCAUGGGUGAAGUUAAUGCAGCGCAGAAAUGGACACGUGCUGGCACUUGCGCAACGAAUGUGA